AUGCUUCGUAUUUAUCUACCUCUAUUUCUAGCAAUCUCCUUGGUCGCAGCGACGAUCCUGGAGAAUGGCCAGCCACGGCUAGAUCCGUAUCCCGGACAGGCCCAGCUUCUAGAAAACGGAGUCAAAGAGGGGUGGAAGACGUACGAUGCAGACGCUAAGGAGAUCUCUUAUAAGGGGCGAUGGGAUGAACAGCAUAUCUCCUGGUGGUCGGCGUUGUCUAACGAGUGUAGCCUGAGCUCUGGAGACUUCGCAACGUACGAAGGCCUUUCGUCCUGGGCAUACCUUUUUGCCGCCGGACUGGGGAAUGUGGAAUAUCACCUUACGGCCUACCCAGGUAUCUGCCUACAUGAUCAAGAAUGCUGGGGCAACCCCAGGGGCCAGGUUUAUCAAUGGUACCGAACUACCGACACCUCUGCCCGGGCGAUGAAAAUCUACGGUGACGAGCCCCCUAAAUGGGACUUCAAAUCGCAGCAGCCGGCCGACCUGGUGGUCAUCAACAUCGGCACAAACGACAAUAACCCAGCGAACAACGUUCCUAGCGAGGACUACUUUAAUGAUUACGUGAAGCUGAUAGCUGAUAUUCACGGGAUAUGGCCGCAUGCGCAGAUCGUCCUCAUGUCUCUAUGGGGUGGUUUCGGUGCAUCGGGAGAUACGUACGUCCAGGGCCCGCUUUUUGUCGACGAGAUCAAGAGGGUAUAUGAAGUGUUUCAAAAGCUAGGGAACUUCGUUCACUACUUCGACACCACGGGUAUCCUGCAGCACAACGAUAUCGCGCCGCAGUGGCAUCCGACUGACGUCGGACAUAUCAAGGUAGCAGCACACUUUAUGCAAUGGGUGAAGCUCAAGUUCGGAUGGGAGAUGGCAGCUACUGGGCCGAUGGUCCACAGUGGGACACUCUAUUGGAAUGACCAGGCUAAUUACUGA